GUAUUCGAUGUAUCAUUUCUUGUCCAAUGAAACGCGUGUUUACAUAUGACGUAAAAGACAAGGCCGCGGCAACUUCAAUGUGAAACAAAGACAGUUGGAAUGACCUGGCACAAAUGUGAAUGAAAAGCUUUGUGUGAAUGAUUUGAUAGAGAAAACAGAGGAUGUGCCUGUAAAGAAUGUGAUCAAAGGGUAGUACCAACAUAAUGGAGGUGGAGGAAUCCACGUUUGAUGUCUUCUCCACAUCCCGUUCCCGUCUUCUCCCUGUGGACGACAGAAAUGCCUCCCUCUUUAACUCCCACAGUGUGGGAAUGUUACAGUGGGGCAGUCUGGAGGAUUUCAAGGCCUUCAACAAAAAGUGGGAGAGUGUGGACGAUGUCAGGCAGAUCCCCUCGGACUUCAGUGCUCCGGCUUCUCACCUCGGGAGCGUGGACAGGUUACAGUUAUUGGGCAUGGAUCACACAGGGGUGGGUAAUGUCCACCAUCAUGAGACCUACAGCCAGAGUGGGACCCUGCCCCUGGGGUGCCUGGAUGAUGUGGAUGAAGUUGUUUUUGAGAUUGUGGUGGACAUGAGGCCUGGGGAAAAAAGAUUUGGAUUUUCUGUCAUGGGCGGAUUGGAUGAGGGGUUUCCACCUCGGAUUGAUGAUAUUGCAUCAGGUUCCCCAGCAGACAGGGCUGACUUGGAAGUCUGGGAUGAAAUCCUGGAAGUCAAUGGAAGAUCACUAGAAAACUGCACCCAUGCAGAAGUCAUUACCUUCAUUCACAAGUGCAUCAGGAGUAGGUGUAUAAAAUUACGAGUCAGGAGACGGAAGAAUAAUAAAUCAGGAGGCCCUUCAUUUGAAAAUGUUCAAGAUGCUUACAUGAUAGCUGUUGAAGAUGCUGCCAAAGAGAAGCUGGAAAAAUUAUCCCAAACUCAUACAAUUGUCCCCCUUGAUAUGACCAAACUAGCACUGAGUAAUCAAAACACGUCAUCGGAAGAAAGCCCAGUAGAGAGUUAUUCAUUUAAUCAGUCCUCCAUGCCUGUGAAUACCAAAGGCAAACCACAGGGAAAUGGUCACUUACAGCAAGUGGAAAUGAACGGUUUCAGUGAAAAAGAAAUGACGAAGAAAAGUAAAGGUGACAAAGGACGUAAAGACAGUAAAGCUAAGAGGAACAGUACGACGGAAACCCCUCUCAUAGAGAAUGCUCGCAGUCAGAACUCACUGAAUCAUUCCCAGGAGGAGUUACAAUACUAUCAUGAACAAGAGGACAGUUUUAAUUAUCCUUACACUGAGAACUCUUUUGAAGUGGAUGACCCAGGUCCGCAUAGAGAAAUGGCUAUUGACUGUCCAGAUAGUUUUACUGCGACGGUCAAGUCACAUCCCCGACCCCCCUCAUCCCACUCCCCAUAUUCUCACCCUUCCACUCCUAACAAAUCAAUAGAAAAACUGCCAGACGGUAAGUCACAGCCAGAGGUGAUAUCAAACGGACAGCAGAAUGUUCCCGUCACACAGGAGCAGUUGGAACGUUUACGGAAACAUCAAGAGGAUUUACGGAAACGUCGGGAAGAGGAAAGUCGAAUUGCAAGGGAACAGGAAUUCUUACGCACAUCUCUCCGAGGUUCAAAGAAACUUCAGGCUUUGGAGAGCAAAGGUCACAAUGUGGAGGGCAUGGUCAACACAGCAUUCGAGGAAAACGAUGAUGAAAUCGAUAACUUGGAUGAUGGAUUUGGAAGCACUAGGGCUUCAGAAAAGGACAGAUACAUGAAAAAGAAUCUAGGUACAAAAGACAUUUUCUCCUGUCUGAAGAAACUACAGAGUAAACUGAAUGCUGCUGAGGAGAGGGAUGAGUUGUCUUUUCUUACUAGUCUCUUUCAAAGUCCUCAGUUUCAGCAAGCUGUCAACAUCCACAGAAAAAUGAUCAGUGUGACCACCCAAUCUCCUCCCCCCAAACCUGAGGCCACUGAUGCCUACCAAACGUCUAAUGAGGUCAUGGAGGAGCUACAGAAUGCCCAGUCUCCCUACUCCUCAGACCUGCUGGAAAUGUUGUCCUCACCAGGCUUCAGAAAUCUUUUUCGAGCGCAUGAUUUAGUGGCAGCACAACAGCUCAAACCUGUGACAAGCCUCCCUGAUGAAGCUUUUGAGCAGUAUUCUAUGCAAGCAUAUGGAGAGGACAGCAUCAAAAUUGUUCAACUUCAGAAAACCAAUGAACCUUUGGGUGCUACUGUCCGUAAUGAUGGGGAUGCUGUUAUAAUAGGGAGGAUCGUGAAAGGAGGAACUGCAGAAAAAAGUGGUCGUCUACAUGAAGGAGAUGAAAUCCUAGAAGUGAAUGGGAUCGACAUGAGAGGCAAAAAUAUCAAUGAUGUUUCAGACUUGUUGGCCAAUAUGAGUGGAAACAUAAACUUUACAAUCAUUCCAACAGGGAACUACACCCCUAAACCCUCACCUCGUCAACAGGAGGACAUGCUUCAUGUGAAGGCCUUGUUUAACUACGACCCUGAGGAGGAUAUAUACAUUCCCUGCAGGGAGCUGGGAAUCUCCUUCAUGAAGGGGGAUAUCCUCCACGUGAUCAGUACAGAGGAUCCCAACUGGUGGCAGGCGUAUCGGGAGGGGGAGCAGGAGCAUCAGUCCCUAGCCGGACUCAUCCCAAGUCGAUCCUUCCAGGAACAGAAGGAACGUAAUAAGAUCAUGUUGGAAAACGAGUCCAAAGAAAACAAGAAGAAAAGCCAAACUUGUUCGUGUGGCAGAAGGGACAAGAAAAGAAAGCGAAAAUCAAUGUAUGAAACUGAGGAAAUAUUAACAUAUGAAGAAGUGGAAAUGUAUUACCCACAACCCAACAGGAAAAGACCUAUUGUAUUGAUUGGUCCUCCAAAUGUAGGCCGACAUGAAUUAAGGUCAAGGUUGAUGGAGUCAGAUUUUGAUAGAUUUGCAGCUGCUGUUCCUCAUACAAGUCGCCCACCAAAGAAUGAUGAGGGAAAUGGAAAGGACUAUCAUUUUGUCACAAGAGCAGAAUUUGAAGCAGACAUUGUUAGCAAUAAGUUUGUGGAGCAUGGAGAGCAUGAGAAGAAUUUGUAUGGAACAAGUCUGGAUGCUGUCCGUCAAGUGAUCAACACUGGCAAGAUCUGCAUCCUCAAUCUUCAUCCAGAGUCUUUACAAGUUCUGAAAUCAUCAGAUUUAAAACCUUACAUAGUAUUUGUGUAUCCACCAAACAUGGAGAAGUUGCGGCAAAUGCAGAGAAAUUUCUACCCAGAAAACAACAUAUCCGAUGACAUGCUGAAGGACAUCAUUGAGCGCGCUCGGGAGAUGGAGGAGAAAUACGGACAUUUCUUUGAUUAUAUUCUGGUUAACCAGGACAUGGACCGCGCGUACAGUGAAUUGUUGGCAGAAAUCAACAGACUGGAAGUAGAACCUCAGUGGGUUCCACUUCAGUGGGUGGACAGCUAGUUAUUGAAGUGAGACCAAUUUCAGGAUUGUUUCAAUGGCCAGUUUUUAAUGCAGGACAUGUAGAGGAUUGUAGGAGAUCUGAAAAUGGUUGUGAUGGGAAAGUGUGAGAGUGACAGACCUACAUAGCCUAAGUUUUGUGCUUUUACAAAAAAAAGUUACUAGUCUUUUUGUCACUUUCCUUAAUUUAAACAUGGAUUUACUUUCAUAAACUGAUCAAAGAACAUGUUAUGUGGAUUAUCAUAUAAAUUAGUUUUAUCCUAGUAGAAUGGAAUAAGAUUACAGGAUACAUUUAUUGCGACCAGGACUGUUUUGAUAUUCAAGAUAAUUCUAACGGGUUAUAAAUAAUUCCAGAAUGAUUUGUUUUAACCAUUAAAAAAUAAUAUUGCUCAUUGUUAUAUGCAAUAUUCCAUAUAGAGACAUUCCACAAAAUAUAAAUAUUUUAUCAUUCCAAGAACUGGAUAAAUUAUGAUUUUUAUAGAAAUUUUUGAAAUGUUAAAAAUUAUGUCCAACAAUUUUUCUGUAUAGAAAUUUUCUCUUCUUCAUUAAGCAUUGAACAAACUCUCUCAAAAUCCAUUCAUUGUUCAAAACUGUAAGAGGUACAUGUACAUUGUAUUGGGUCCAAAUUUAUCUUUAUUUAUGAAUUUUUUUGCCUGCAGAAUGCAUUAUCUUUAUGCCACUGACAACAAGCUUGUGCCAAGUCUCUUGUGUUUCUUGUUUAGUCUUCCAAGAUUCAGCAUUUAUUAUUAAAAUGACGAGAAGUGUGGAACAAAAACUACCAGUCUGAGGAAGAAUGUACAGCUUCAUAAAACAAAACCUUUAUCAGUCCAUGUCAAAUUUUGACCCUUGUACAUGUAGUCCACAGAUCAAUCUGACUGGUGGCCUAUUACAUAUUUUAUUUAUAUACAACUGAACUUGAUCCAAUAAGAGUUUUGUAUUGUGUACAUUAAACAAGUUUGUUACAUUUGAACAGAUUAUACUUAAUAUCAUUUAUAAUGCUUUAUCGAUAAGCUUCAUAUAAAAGGAGUAUUUAUUCAGUAUAUUAGGAAAUCAAAAGGAUGUCUCAGUUUGUUUAAGAUGCUGUUUAAAUGAUUAAUUAUAACAUAACAAACCAUUAUACCCAAAAGUAUAUACAAUAUUUGUAAGAUAAGUUUAAGUUAUAUACACAAUAAUUGUAACUUAAGUUGAAGACUUUGUAUCUGUUACAGCUAAACCAAACCAUACUAAAGAUUCAUAUUUAAAUUUGUCUUAUUUACUUAUUGCAUGUUAUAGAGUUUUGUUCAGUUCAAUAUUUCCAUUUCCCGAAUCAAUUUCUGUCAAGUCCUAAUGCUGCUUAUCUGAUACCUCAAACUAUGGCUAGCUUCACAGAAACAUUCUAUAUUAAUACAAUGGUGCUAUAUGUAUAGAUUCUUAAAAUGGAAGCAAGACUAAUAAUGUUAUAAUCAUUUGUAUAUAUUAUAUUUACUCAUGUAAAUGUAUCUUCUAAAAAGAAUAUUUUUACCUGAUAUUAAAGAUGAAUGUGAUA